CUGCAAAUGGUUAGUGUCUCAUGGGAGGGUUUGAGACAUUAAGAGAUCUGGGAACAACGUUUAAGUCUGAAUGAAGAGGAAGCCUAUGGGAUUCCUGCUCCGUACUGAGCUAAUUCCUGAACAUCUUUCAGUCGGUUUGUACAUUUGGGACACAGGGGAUCAAGGUAAUAUUGAUGUGAUAUAUUGUAUGGGCUCUGAUUUCACUUCUCCAGGACUCUCCUAUUUUUUGUCCCUCACAAUCGAUCAGAUCCACCAGUAAGUUCUCUGUGAAAGUUCCAGUUUAUGUCUAUGAGUACUCUCUGUAAUUUUAUCUGUUCCUCCUUGGGGUGUCUCUUCUCACUGAGCGAUUCUUGAACUAUUUCAUGGUCCUCUCUAUGAUUUUUGUUUUCUUUGGGUCCUCUCUAUAAUUUAUGUUAUCAUUAUGUCCUCUCUAAGAUUUCUAUUAUAUUUGGUUCUCUUUAUGGUUUCGAUUAUACCACGGUUCUUUAUAUGAUAUCUAUUUUCUAUGGGUCCUCUCCAUCAUUUUUCAGGAACUUUCUCUGAUAUCUGUUAUAUUAUCUUUAGAUUCUUUCCAUAAUCUAUGUUUUUUUAGGCCCUCUCUAUAUCAGUAUUCUUUGGGUCCUCUCUAUGAUAUGUUAUCGCUUGGUCAUCUCUAUAUCUGUUUUCUUUCUGUUAUCUCUAUGAUAUCUGUUUUCUUUCUGUUAUCUCUAUGAUAUCAGUAUUCUUUGUGUCCUCUCUAUGAUAUCUGUUUUCUUUCUGUUAUCUCUAUGAUAUCAGUAUUCUUUGGGUCCUCUCUAGGAUAUCUGUUUUCUUUCUGUUAUCUCUAUGAUAUCCGUAUUAUUUGGGUCCUCUUUAUGAUAUCUGUUUUCUUUCGGUCAUCUCUAUGAUAUCAGUAUUAUUUGGAUCCUCUUUAUAUCUGUUUUCUUUCUGUUAUCUCUAUGAUACCAGUAUUCUUUGGGUCCUCCCUAUGAUAUCUGUUUUCUUUCGGUUAUCUCUAUGAUAUCUGUUUUCUUUGGGUCCUCUCUAUGAUAUCUGUUUUCUUUCUGUUAUCUCUAUGAUAUCAGUAUUCUUUGGGUCCUCUCUAGGAUAUCUGUUUUCUUUCGGUCAUCUCUAUGAUAUCAGUAUUCUUUGGGUCCUCCCUAUGAUAUCUGUUUUCUUUCUGUUAUCGCUAUGAUAUCAGUAUUCUCUGGGUCCUCUCUAUGAUAUCUGUUUUCUUUCUGUUAUCUCUAUGAUAUCAGUAUUCUCUGGGUCCUCUCUAUGAUAUCUGUUUUCUUUCUGUUAUCUCUAUGAUAUCAGUAUUCUUUGGGUCCUCUCUAUGACGUCUGUUUUCUUUCGGUUAUCUCUAUGACAUCUAGUUUAUUUUGGUCCAUUUUAUGACUUAUGUUCUCUAGACUAAGAACUUUAUAUAUUCUUGUGGGUUCUGUAUUUUUACUAACAUUGUUUGUGCAUCACCCACAAAACAUCUUUAUAUUUUCAUUUUUAAGGCAGAGUGUUUCUGAGGAUUGGUACUCUGAGGAUGCUUACAUAAAGGCAGAGAGUUAUUGGACUCUAUCUCUAUCUUCAAUCAAAGCUAUAGAGUGAUUGGUACUCAAGACUGGAGGACAGAGUCUAUUUGGGUAAAAUAUGACAUCUGUGCAGAGUCUCAUACACCUCUCAUUAUUCUACUUUGUCACAUCAUCUUCCCAGUAUGAGCCACUAUCUGUGCCCCAUGGCAAGGAAGAGGUCAUACCCAAGAGCCAACUAACAGCACAAGGACCUACAGUCCAGCCUAGAAGACCACAGACAGCUCAAGGAUCUGAAAUCCGGAAUGAGGAAAUUCAUCUUCCAAAAAACAACUUGCAAGUUACUCCAAAGCCAUCAUUCCAACUCAAGGUAAACAAAGGCCAGCACAUCUAUUCACCUGUACAAGUAAAUCAUACAACAUGUAGCUUCCUGGUGCUAAUAAUACCACGUUCUAAGACUAAUGAUACAGCAUUCUAAGAGUAAUAAUACCGCAUUCUAAGAGUUAUCAUAACACUUUCUAAGACUAAUACUACAUUCUAAGACAAAUAAUAUAACACUCUAGGACUAAUAAUACCAUGUACUAGGACUAAUAACAUAUUUCAGGACUCCUAAUACUAUGUUCUAAGACUAAUGAACAUUCUCAGACUAAUAAGAACACAUUCUUAGACUCAUUAUACCACAUUCUAAGGCUCAUAAUACUAUGUUCUAAAAUUAGUAAUCCCACAUUCUCAGCUUAAUAAUACCACAUUCUAAGACUAAUACCAUGUAGUAAGACUCAUAAUAACAUGUUCUAAGACUAAUGAAACCACAUUCUAUGAUUAAUAAUACUGUGUUCUAAUACAUAUAGUAUCAAGUUCUAAGACUAAUACUACCACAUUCAAAGACCAAUAAUAUCACAUUCUAAAACUAAUAAUACAAGAGUUCUAAGACUAAUACUAAAACGUUCUGUUCUACCAAACUCUAUGACUAAUACAGCAUUCUGAGGCUAGUAAUAACACAGUCUGAGGCUAGUAAUAACACAUUCUGAGGCUAGUAAUAACGCAUUCUGAGGCUAGUAAUAACGCAUUCUGAGGCUAGUAAUAACACAGUCUGAGGCUAGUAAUAACACAGUCUGAGGCUAGUAAUAACGCGUUCUGAGGCUAGUAAUAACACAGUCUGAGGCUAGUAAUAACACAUUCUGAGGCUAGUAAUAACAGUCUGAGGCUAGUAAUAACACAGUCUGAGGCUAGUAAUAACACAGUCUGAGGCUAGUAAUAACACAUUCUGAGGCUAGUAAUAACACAGUCUGAGGCUAGUAAUAACAGUCUGAGGCUAGUAAUAACACAGUCUGAGGCUAGUAAUAACACAUUCUGAGGCUAGUAAUAACGCAUUCUGAGGCUAGUAAUAACACAUUCUGAGGCUAGUAAUAACACAAUCUGAGGCUAGUAAUAACGCGUUCUGAGGCUAGUAAUAACGCAUUCUGAGGCUAGUAAUAACGCAUUCUGAGGCUAGUAAUAACACAGUCUGAGGCUAGUAAUAACGCAUUCUGAGGCUAGUAAUAACGCAUUCUGAGGCUAGUAAUAACACAUUCUGAGGCUAGUAAUAACACAGUCUGAGGCUAGUAAUAACGCAUUCUGAGGCUAGUAAUAACACAGUCUGAGGCUAGUAAUAACGCGUUCUGAGGCUAGUAAUAACGCGUUCUGAGGCUAGUAAUAACACAGUCUGAGGCUAGUAAUAACACAUUCUGAGGCUAGUAAUAACACAGUCUGAGGCUAGUAAUAACAGUCUGAGGCUAGUAAUAACACAUUCUGAGGCUAGUAAUACAGUCUGAGGCUAGUAAUAACGCAUUCUGAGGCUAGUAAUAACGCAUUCUGAGGCUAGUAAUAACGCAUUUUGAGGCUAGUAAUAACGCAUUCUGAGGCUAGUAAUAACACAGUCUGAGGCUAGUAAUAACACAGUCUGAGGCUAGUAAUAACGCAUUCUGAGGCUAGUAAUAACGCAUUCUGAGGCUAGUAAUAACGCAUUCUGAGGCUAGUAAUAACACAGUCUGAGGCUAGUAAUAACACAUUCUGAGGCUAGUAAUAACACAGUCUGAGGCUAGUAAUAACACAGUCUGAGGCUAGUAAUAACAUAUUCUGAGGCUAGUAAUAACACAGUCUGAGGCUAGUAAUAACACAGUCUGAGGCUAGUAAUAACACAGUCUGAGGCUAGUAAUAACACAGUCUGAGGCUAGUAAUAACGCAUUCUGAGGCUAGUAAUAACACAUUCUGAGGCUAGUAAUAACACAUUCUGAGGCUGGUAAUAACGCAUUCUGAGGCUAGUGUAACGCAUUCUGAGGCUAGUAAUAACGCAGCAGUCUGAGGCUAGUAAUAACCUUAGGCUAGUAAUCAACACAGUCUGAGGCUAGUAAUAACACAGUCUGAGGCUAGUAAUAACACAGUCUGAGGCUAGUAAUAACAUAUUCUGAGGCUAGUAAUAACACAGUCUGAGGCUAGUAAUAACACAGUCUGAGGCUAGUAAUAACACAGUCUGAGGCUAGUAAUAACACAGUCUGAGGCUAGUAAUAACGCAUUCUGAGGCUAGUAAUAACACAUUCUGAGGCUAGUAAUAACACAUUCUGAGGCUGGUAAUAACGCAUUCUGAGGCUAGUAAUAACGCAUUCUGAGGCUAGUAAUAACGCAGUCUGAGGCUAGUAAUAACAUAUUCUGAGGCUAGUAAUAACACAGUCUGAGGCUAGUAAUAACAGAUUCUGAGGCUAGUAAUAACACAUUCUGAGGCUAGUAAUAACACAGUCUGAGGCUAGUAAUAACACAGUCUGAGGCUAGUAAUAACACAGUCUGAGGCUAGUAAUAACACAUUCUGAGGCUAGUAAUAACACAGUCUGAGGCUAGUAAUAACACAUUCUGAGGCUAGUAAUAACGCAUUCUGAGGCUAGUAAUAACGCAUUCUGAGGCUAGUAAUAACACAUUCUGAGGCUAGUAAUAACACAGUCUGAGGCUAGUAAUAACAGAUUCUGAGGCUAGUAAUAACACAUUCUGAGGCUAGUAAUAACACAGUCUGAGGCUAGUAAUAACACAGUCUGAGGCUAGUAAUAACACAGUCUGAGGCUAGUAAUAACACAUUCUGAGGCUAGUAAUAACACAGUCUGAGGCUAGUAAUAACACAUUCUGAGGCUAGUAAUAACGCAUUCUGAGGCUAGUAAUAACGCAUUCUGAGGCUAGUAAUAACGCAUUCUGAGGCUAGUAAUAACACAGUCUGAGGCUAGUAAUAACGCAUUCUGAGGCUAGUAAUAACGCGUUCUGAGGCUAGUAAUAACACAUUCUGAGGCUAGUAAUAACGCGUUCUGAGGCUAGUAAUAACGCGUUCUGAGGCUAGUAAUAACACAUUCUGAGGCUAGUAAUAACACAUUCUGAGGCUAGUAAUAACGCGUUCUGAGGCUAGUAAUAACACAUUCUGAGGCUAGUAAUAACGCAUUCUGAGGCUGGUAAUAACGCAUUCUGAGGCUAGUAAUAACGCAUUCUGAGGCUAGUAAUAACGCGUUCUGAGGCUAGUAAUAACGCGUUCUGAGGCUAGUAAUAACGCGUUCUGAGGCUAGUAGUAACGCAUUCUGAGGCUAGUAAUAACGCGUUCUGAGGCUAGUAAUAACACAUUCUGAGGCUAGUAAUAACGCGUUCUGAGGCUAGUAAUAACGCGUUCUGAGGCUAGUAAUAACACAGUCUGAGGCUAGUAAUAACACAGUCUGAGGCUAGUAAUAACACAUUCUGAGGCUAGUAAUAACGCAUUCUGAGGCUAGUAAUAACGCAGUCUGAGGCUAGUAAUAACACAUUCUGAGGCUGGUAAUAACGCAUUCUGAGGCUAGUAAUAACACAGUCUGAGGCUAGUAAUAACACAUUCUGAGGCUAGUAAUAACACAGUCUGAGGCUAGUAAUAACACAUUCUGAGGCUAGUAAUAACACAUUCUGAGGCUAGUAAUAACACAGUCUGAGGCUAGUAAUAACACAUUCUGAGGCUAGUAAUAACACAGUCUGAGGCUAGUAAUAACGCGUUCUGAGGCUAGUAAUAAUGCAUUCUGAGGCUAGUAAUAACACAUUCUGAGGCUAGUAAUAACACAGUCUGAGGCUAGUAAUAACACAGUCUGAGGCUAGUAAUAACGCGUUCUGAGGCUAGUAAUAAUGCAUUCUGAGGCUAGUAAUAACACAUUCUGAGGCUAGUAAUAACACAUUCUGAGGCUAGUAAUAACACAUUCUGAGGCUAGUAAUAACGCAGUCUGAGUUUAGUAAUAACAUAUUCUGAGGCUAGUAAUAACACAGUCUGAGGCUAGUAAUAACACAUUCUGAGGCUAGUAAUAACACAGUCUGAGGCUAGUAAUAACACAGUCUGAGGCUAGUAAUAACGCAUUCUGAGGCUAGUAAUAACACAGUCUGAGGCUAGUAAUAACGCAUUCUGAGGCUAGUAAUAAUGCAUUCUGAGGCUAGUAAUAACGCAUUCUGAGGCUAGUAAUAACACAUUCUGAGGCUAGUAAUAACACAUUCUGAGGCUAGUAAUAACGCAUUCUGAGGCUAGUAAUAACGCAUUCUGAGGCUAGUAAUAACACAGUCUGAGGCUAGUAAUAACUCAUUCUGAGGCUAGUAGUAACACAGUCUGAGGCUAGUAAUAACGCGUUCUGAGGCUAGUAAUAACACAGUCUGAGGCUAGUAAUAACUCAUUCUGAGGCUAGUAGUAACACAGUCUGAGGCUAGUAAUAACGCAUUCUGAAGCUAGUAAUAACACAGUCUGAGGCUAGUAAUAACACAGUCUGAGGCUAGUAAUAACACAUUCUAAGACUAAUAAUACCAUGUACUAAGACUAAUAUCACGUUUUAAGACUCCUAAUACUACAUUAUAAUAGUCAAAUAAGAAAACCAAUAAAGGGAAAUAAAAUAAGGUAACACCCCAGUGUAAAUUACAUAAAAAAUACAACCUGGGUUGGGUGUAUAGGAAGAUCAAAAUAUAGUGUAAUAUUCUGGAAAAAUAAAAAAUAUAUAGUACAAUACAAAAGAUACACAGAAAUGGGGAGAUGGGGUUAAUAGAGAACCCACUAGAGGUCUAUAAUUGCUGGCAUGCCUCCCUUAAUAAACGGUUUGUAGCUGGAAAUAUGCGGUGGUGAUGAUCUUCACCAAUAAUCUUUUUGCCCACUGAAACAGAUAGAGAAAAUGUAGAAUAUAGUGCAGAUUGUAUAACACUGUAAAUUGAUUAGAACAAAUGCAAACGUACUGUCACACCCACUUGGAGAGUCGUGGAGCGGAAGGAACCCAAUUUGCAGCGGAACAGCACUCCCUUACUAUCAUGACCCUUAGGAGCACCUGGAAGUGGAGACAGGGUCCCAAAGGGUCUGUGGUGGCGUGGAGGCCUUAAAUAAAAAAUAAUAAAUUUCCAGAAGGCAGCAGCAGGAAAAGCAAACGAAAAUGCAGUCUUGCAGCAGACAGAAGUGUGACGAGACCAAUCUCGCCACAUUGCAUUGGAGAAGCCUGGUUGCUCGCCUGCUGCCUUUGGACUAUGGCCCCCUUUUAAAAGACUUUUAUUUUUGCCUGCUGAAAAGCUGUAUUCGUGCUUUUCUGCCUGGGGUUCAGUAGAUUUGUUUGAAUGUGUUAUACCCCAGAUAGGAAUCCCAUGGAGCCCAUUCGUAUGAAACUGACUGUAAAGACUUUGGCUCCAUGGCGAUUAAACUGUAUUUGUGUGGUCCGAGCGCCAUUCACUUAAUAAUGUGCGCUCAGACCUGAGCUAUCUGGGGAUAUGUGAAAUGUCUGUGUGUUAUGUGUAAAAUGUAACUUUAUGUAUUUUAAAGUGUUUUACUGUCUUUGUGUCUUUUUGCAACCAUGUGCUUAAUGGAGUCUUGUGUCUGUCCUGGGAGAUAAUUGAAUUACUUAUCUCCAGGAUAGAAGACUCUGAAACUGGUUUGGGCCAGAAAGCCAUGCUUCAUUUAGUCACAAAGGACUUUUUACUAACUUUUGAACCCCUUGUCUGAUUUGUGCCAUUCUUGAAUAUGUUGUUCCCCUGAAUGGAUUGAUUGAGAAUAUGUAAUUGUAUGUGAAUGUGAUGUAUGGAUUUGGAGUUAUGAAAGUUGGGUAGAAAGUAUGUUUUAACUGUUUGUAUAAUUGAGUUUCCUCUCAGGAUAAGGGGAGGGAAUAUGUGGGAUGUAACUGUGAUAUGAUUGGUUGUUUUAUCCCUCCCUGUGGGUGGUCCUGUAUUUGAAACACUGUAAUAAAAACCAGGCUGGGUGUGCCAGCACCUCAGACCACUGCUUGACCCUCAACACGGAGCCUUGUCUCGUUCUUGGGGGGAUUCACUGUAUGCUGUUAGAGACUGAUUGCCAGGAGUGUAAGCUGAUUGUCUGCUUUUCCUGUUCGUCUGCUAGCAGCUAUUUGGGAGGUUCCAGUUCGGGAGUUGGAGUGCUAUUUUGUAUCCAGUUCGUGAGUUUUGGUGAUUCUACAGUAGCUGUGCCUGUCUCUAAAAAGGGGAUUAUCGUCUAAGCGGUUUUUUCCCCUUUUGUGCAAAACGGUCCGUUACAAUUGGUGGCAAGCGGCGGGAUGGCAUCCUAGUGCGAGGAGAAGCAGCUCGGAGACACCGGUAACGUGUGGAGUUGUGCAGCGUCCUUAUCUUCAGCAACAUAAUGGAACCAGCAGUGGCUACAGCAAGCAUGGCGUAUAGCUACUCCGUACUAGAGUUUGGCACGAUGGUAGGGUUGCACCUGAAGUUUUACGGACCCAAUCCAGAGGAGAAAUACGUGCGGUUCGUGUGGGACAUGGUGACCCGGAACCUACAACACAGGGCGUUGAGGGAAGGCCAGUGGGCACGUUGGGAGAAACUCCAGCCACAGGUAGAGUGGGACGAGGAAGAAACCGAGGUGGCCGGUGGAGAUGGGACCGAGGUCUCUCUACCGGCCCUACAAGGAUGCUGGGCACCCGGCCCAGAUCCCCAGCGGCAGUAUGUUUUACAGGGAGGGGAGACAGUCGGUCUCACUCCCCAGCGGCAGAAUGUGUUAUUGGAGGAAGAGACAACCGGUCUCCCUCCCCAACAGCAACCAGAGGUACCCGAGGUAGAGGACCUCAUAGACUGGUCCUGGGAGGACCCCCUGCAGGCAGGUGGAGAUGGGACCGAGAUCUCUCCACCGGCCCUACAGGGAUGCUGGGCAACCGGCCCAGAUCCCCAACUAGAGCUGGAGUUACAGAAAGUGGAGAGCAUCGACCUCCCCCCCCAGCAGCAGCCGGAGUACCAGGGGGAGGUAAGUGAUAUUUCUCCUCCCCAGCCAACUCCUUUGUUCCCUGACCCCCAGCAGAAGAGCUGGCAACUGGGCAGAGCGCCGCUGGCCUCUGUCCUCCCUUGUUUCCUUCCCCUGAGCCUGACUUUCUACAGGCUGCCCCAGCGGAAGGUGCCGUCCUUCCUCCCCAGCGGCAGUGCGUACCCCAGGGAGCUGAUGGUGUCGUCCGUCCUCCCCAGCAGCAGUGUGUAACCCAGGGAGCCGAAGGUGUCGUCCUUCCUCCCCAGCGGCAGUGUGUACCCCAGGGAGCUGAGGGUGCAAUCCUUCCUCUCCAGCGACAGUGUGUACCCCAGGGAGCUGAAGGUGUCGUCCUUCCUCCCCAGCGGCAGUGUGUCCUGCAGGGAGCAGAGACCGUCAGUCUCACACCCCAGCAGCAGGACAAAAUAAUGAAAGGGGAGACAGCUGGUCCGCCUCUCCACCAGCAGAGAGAGUGUCAGGGAGAGGAGCCUGUUAACCCCUCUCCCCAGCGGCAGUUGACAGUCCAGAGAGAGGAGCUUGUUACACCCUCUCUCCAGCGGCAGCCUAACCCACCAAGGGGAGAUGUUGAGCCCCGCAACUGUGCAGAUGGGACCGUAGUCUCUGCGCUUACAGCCCAAGGGGUAGAGACGGUCGGUCCUGUUCCCCAGCCCCAGAGCUGUGUACCCAGAGGGGAGACGGUCGGUCUCCCCCUCCCACAACCAGGCUCCAAUCAGGCUACUUCGGUGGUAGCGCUGGCACCAGGGCAGAGUACCGCUGGUCUCUGCCCACUCAGCAACCCACCAAGGCAGUCUACCAGCUCCCCACACAGCCGUGGUGAGGCACCUGGACAUGGACAAGUUGCUACUUUAUCCAGGUGGAGUAAACAUUUAUUGUGGGUGGGCUGUACUGCUGUUUGUGCUUCGUGGGUGGGUUGCUGGACUAACCAGGGCACUGACCGGCAGGAGGUCAGAUACCCUGUUAGUCUGGGGGGCAAAGGGGAGAAGUGUGGCAAAACCGACCUCGCCACGUGUCCUUGGAGGGGGCUGCUUGCCCGCCUCUUGCCUUUGGACUAUGGCCCUGCAGGUUAAACUGUUUAUUUUCCCUGCAGAAAGGCUUAUUCGUGUGAUCUGAGUGCCAUUCAUCUAAUAAUGUGCAGUCAGAUCCAAGCUAUCUGGGGAUAUGUAGAAAUGUGUGUUUUAUGUACUAAAUGUGUCAGUAUGUAAUUUUAUGUAUUUUAAAGUGUUUUACUGUCUUUGUGUCUUUUUGCAACCAUGUGCUUAAUGGAGUCUUGUGUCUGUCCUGGGAGAUAAUUGAAUUACUCUCCAGGAUAGAAGACUCUGAAACUGGUUUGGGCCAGAAAGCCAUGCUUCAUUUAGUCACAAAGGACUUUUUACUAACUUUUGAACCCCUUGUCUGAUUUGUGCCAUUUUUGAAUAUGUUGUUCCCCUGAAUGGAUUGAUUGAGAAUAUGUAAUUUUAUGUGAAUGUGAUGUAUGGUUUUGGAGUUAUGAAAGUUGGGUAGAAAGUAUGUUUUAACUGUUUGUAUAAUUGAGUUUCCUCUCAGGAUAAGGGGAGGGAAUAUGUGGGAUGUAACUGUGAUAUGAUUGGUUGUUUUAUCCCUCCCUGUGGGUGGUCCUGUAUUUGAAACACUGUAAUAAAAACCAGGCUGGGUGUGCCAGCACCUCAGACCACUGCUUGACCCUCAACACGGAGCCUUGUCUCGUUCUUGGGGGGAUUCACUGUAUGCUGUUAGAGACUGAUUGCCAGGAGUGUAAGCUGAUUGUCUGCUUUUCCUGUUCGUCUGCUAGCAGCUAUUUGGGAGGUUCCAGUUCGGGAGUUGGAGUGCUAUUUUGUAUCCAGUUCGUGAGUUUUGGUGAUUCUACAGUAGCUGUGCCUGUCUCUAAAAAGGGGAUUAUCGUCUAAGCGGUUUUUUCCCCUUUUGUGCAAAACGGUCCGUUACAAGAAGUAAAUGAUUAAUCUGGGUCUAGUUCAGGAAGCAGGCUGUAGCAGUUGUCCAAGGAAUCAGGAAGCAGGAAGCAGGAACCAGGAAUAGAAGCUGGAGAUUAGGACAAAAGGCAGGUAUAAAGCAAAAAGCAAAAUAACCAAGCACUGACUGGAAGGUGUGCUGGGUUUAAAUCGGUAGCUGGAAUCACAUGACCGGCCACCUCCCACCAGUAGGUGGGGCACACAGAUGUUAUAUAAAGAGGUUAGGGACUCGGCGCCAUCUUGUUUUAUUCCCUGGUCCCUGACCUGUUCCUCCCCAAUAGAUCUGCAACUCUCCUGCUCCCUGUGCAGAACGCCGGGUCUGCAUGGCGGGCGCCAUCUUGCCUUGACAGUAUGCUCGCCAUGGACCUUGGCGGGGGGGAAGGAUAGAAGGAACCGCCGCAGACCCAGAAGAGGAGCUCUCAGCAGCAGUGAGAACUGCGAUUCAGCCGCGAGGGCGGCUUGGGCAACCAGGGGAAGGUGAGUACCUAGCUGUGUCAUGACAGAGCCCCCUCCCUAGACGCGACCUCAGGGCGUGAAAUAGGGUUGGUCGACCAGGAUGUGGAAGGCCCUAAUCUUAGCAGGUGCGUGGACACUCCUGGCUGGUUCCCAAGAUCGUUCCUCUGGGCCAUAACCCUUCCAGUGAAUGAGAUAUCCUAAGACACCCCUACGACGUCUAGAGUCAAGGAUCUCCUGAACCUCAUAUUCAUUAGAGAUGUAACCGAUAGAUAGAGGGAGGAUCGAGAUGGACAGCUACAGGAGAUAUGACCUCGGUUACAGUGAAGGGACCAAUGUAGCGUGACCCUAGUUUCCAUGAAGGACAGGACAAACGCAUAUGUUGUGUGGAUAGCCAGACUUUGUCCCCUGGCACAUAGGUAGGUGCUGGGGACCUUCUUUUGUCUGCAUAUCCUUUGUAGCAUUGUUGUGCUACUUUAAGGGUUUGUUGCAACACAUGUCUUUGUUGUCUGAGUUUGUUGAGACGUGAGGCUACAUCGGGCACUGUGUUAGGGCAAGGGAGUUCAGGGAAGGCACAAGGAUGGAGACCAUAGUUAGCAAAAAACUUUGUCAUCUUAAUGGACUGAUGUAUGUGAUUGUUGUAGGAGAAUUCUGCGGUGGGAAGUAAAGAGAUACGUGUUGAAACAGCAGAGAUACUGUUCUAAGGUUUGGUUGGUGCGUUCUGUUUGGCCAUUGGUUCGUGGGUGGUAAGCUGAAGAUAAACAGCGUUGAAUCCUUAGAUAUACACAAGAAAAUUCCUGCUCCUGUUGGGGAUGAUGAAGAUCUAAUAAAUCCUUUGGCCAGGUUCUCAGAAAUGUACUCUUGUCUUUGUCUGGCAGUGUGACUGGAGGGUCAGUAGUUAUAGUGAGCAGGUGCAUGUCUGUGUUGUUCAAGCAAGUGGUGGUGCAAAAGGUAGAGGGAAAAGUUAAAGUGCUCUUGAGCCAGUCUAUCACCAGAUUGUGGGUGUGGAGCCAAGGAAGACCGAGGAUGAGUGGAAACAUGGAUGAGGACAAAAUAUCAAGAUUAAUAGUCUCUCUAUGUUGACUAAGGAGGAGGCAAAUGGGACCUGUUUCGUAUAGUACAGGUAACUUUUUUUUUUUACAUAUCUGCUUGUUGAUACUUGAUCCGGUUUAUUAUUGUCUAACUUUCCGGUCAGUCCACGUAGAAGAAGGAAUAUAAAUUUCCUAUCAGGUUACGAAUGACCCACUAGUCUGACAUGUUUUUGAAAUAACGGCCCUCGUUACUGUAGAUAGCAGCUUGUUUUGAACUACUUCGGGAGAAAUUGUGCGUGUUUGAGCGGUCCUGGGGUUAUUCUAAAUAGAAGCACAGAGCUGUUGCUGACACCAUGCUGACACAGAUCUAUCUUGUUAAUAUCCACCACAAGCAAUAAUUGGUGCUUAAAAAGAGUAAACGCCAAAUAUGUACAAAAAACAAAAAAAAGUGGUAUGUGUGAUAUUCAAAAUUGAAUUCUUUUGUUCUUUACUUACAACACAUUUUCUUAAAAUGGAUACUUUCCUUGGUUACAUAACCCAAAAUAAAGAAACAUAGAUAAUAAAACCAAGUGUGUAUUGUGAUUAUAAAAAUGUGAAAAUAAACCAAUAAACGCUAACUCUCAUUAUGUAGAGCCAAUUAUUUAUGUCUAAAAAAGAACAGCAGUUGGUGUCUUAUAAAGUACCACCACCCCUCCCCGCUUCUGCGGAUCGUUUUGGUAAAAUGGAUUAAAUAGGUAAAUAAAAUAGUAGGAUCCUUGGUAACAUUUUAAAGAAAUAUUGUAUCUGAGUGCACUCACAUGGUAUAGAAGCAGUUUGUUAUAGAGGGAGCAAACUGGGUCUCCAGAUAGUCAGCUCUUUAACAAAUACUUCAUUGGAAUCCACAAAAGGUAUGAAAUAGACUGAGACAGCAUAAUACAAAUGUGGAUUGAUUGAAACAACACUUAGACUGUCAACCAGAGAGCACAACAUUCCAGUCACAGGAAAGCAGUAUAUGUAAACACUAGAUUAAGUCGAACCCACGAUCAUGGAUCAUACCUCAUUGUCCGGGGAUAAAUGGAAAAACGAAAAGGGGAAAGGGAGAAAGUGAAAAUAAUGGAAAUGUUUUACUUACUUUUACCCCAAAAUUCACUCAAUAAAACCUUAUUUAAUAUUUAUUGAAUGUUAUUGGUGGUUGUCUCUGUAAGCAUUUUUUGAUCUUCGUUAUGUCUGUUUUAGGCUAUCAGUGUCUCUGGUAUCGAUAACAGCUAUGCAGGUGAGUACAAAAUUAAUGGCUCCAUUUGUUCGGUGACUCAGUGGUGGGAUGAUUUUAUAAAGAUUGUGGGAGCAUUUAAUUACAGUUAUUACAAAUAA